AGGAGGAGAUGAAAUGUGAGACAGGGCCAAACAGCCAGAACCUUCUCUUGCAGCCAUACGAGGUGAAGCUCAGAUCGUUCACCCUCUAAGCAACGGAAAUGGCCCCAGCCUUCUGUCCUGGACAGAGCUCGGGCCAAUUGUAGCUUCCCUCAACUCAACGCUUGGCCCAAGUUCCAAGAUGGUGCGAGAACAGUAUCUGACAGCGACAGAGGGCACCCACGUGGAGAGGCCAGAGAGCCAGUGUGUCUACAACAUUGGCAUUUAUGGCUGGAGAAAGCGCUGCCUCUACCUCUUCGUUCUUCUCCUACUCAUCAUCCUUGUUGUGAAUUUAGCCCUUACAAUUUGGAUUCUUAAAGUGAUGUGGUUCUCUCCAGUAGGAAUGGGCCACUUGCAUGUAAGAAGUGAUGGACUUCGCUUAGAAGGGGAAUCUGAAUUUUUAUUCCCACUGUAUGCCAAAGAAAUACACUCCAGAGUGGACUCGUCUUUGCUUCUACAGUCAACUCAGAACGUUACAGUCAAUGCACGCAACUCAGAAGGGGAGGUCACAGGUAGAUUAAAAGUGGGUCCCAAAAUGGUAGACAUCCAGAGUCAGCAGUUUGAAAUCCUCUCUGCAGAUGGCAAGCCACUGUUCACCGCGCAUGAAAAGGAGGUUGCGAUUGGCACAGAUAGACUUCGAGUCACUGGUCCUGAGGGGGCUCUUUGUGAACACUCAGUGGAGACCCCUCUUGUCAGAGCUGACCCAUUUCCAGAUCUGAGGCUAGAAUCUCCCACACGGAGUCUGAGCAUGGAUGCUCCAAAGGGGAUUAAUAUAAAAGCUCACGCUGGGAAAAUUGAAGCUCUUUCUCAAAUGGACAUUCUUUUGCAGAGUAGUGAAGGAAUGCUUGUGAUUGAUUCAGCAAGCCUGCACUUACCCGAGCUGGUGCAGGGGAGCUGGGGCCCCUCAGGCAGCGCACAGGAACUGUAUGAGGUCUGCGUGUGUCCGGAUGGGAAGCUGUACUCGACAGUGGCUGGGGUGAGCAGCACAUGCCUAGAGCACAGUCACAUCUGUCUCUGAGCCACUGCCUUGUCCCCCAGCACCAAUCUGAUUUGGGAAGCUGAGGAGUAUGGCCUUGAGUUUUUGCAUUUGGAGAGGAGGCCGGAAAGACAUUCUGCAAGUCUGGGACAAGAUAUGGGAGAAGAUGUACUUUCCCACAAACUCACAGGGCAGAAGAUGCAAACAUAAGUGUUUGGCCAAGACAACAUGACUUCAAACAUGGGGAUGAGACACAAAAGCAAAGCAAUGUCAAAAAAGAAUGUGACUUGGUUUACAUGAUGGGUUGGUUUUCAUCAAAAAACAUUGUGACUUUCCUCUUCCUAGCCUCUCUCCCUCCUGUACAAAGCCAACGUUCGAUGAAAUGUUGAGUUGCUGUGUGGAAUUAAUUCCUGAUAUUUAACAGCAGAUAUCUAAUACUUCAUGAAAGUAGUGCUGGUUCAUAAGAAAUAUGGUGGAUGUCGAUGCCAGAAGUUCAUGUCUGUAAUCCUAGCUACUCAGCUGAGAACUGAA